CGAGCCGCGAACACCUCGGAAGGCACCAGUGACCAUCGCUUCCGGAUCCUCUUCGGAAAGCUUUGCGAAAGUUUACCCCAAAUUACGUUGGUUUAAACUGCUUUCAUCGAACUCGAGCAGUUUUACGUUCGAAACAAACUUGAGUAAAGAAUAAUUACCCUAGACGGAAAACUGCCCGCUAACUGGCGUUCGAGUUGAAGUAGGUACCGGGAUUCGUUGACGAAGGCUUCAUUCACCGCAGCUAGUAAAAACGGCGUGAAGUGCGCGAUGCAGGCACCACAGCACUUUAUGCGAAAGUGUUCUCGUUGUUGGAACGUGAAAGUUUGAGUUACUAGUUAAUGACUGCGGCAAUUACAUCUGUGAGGUUCACAAAGCGCAAAUGAUACUGUCAGCUUCCAGUGACCCAAGUAUUCAGCACAUGUGAGGCUACAUCUUCUUACUCCAGUUUUAAUUACGUGCUCAGUUUUUUUUUCAAACGGUGCCACACACGGUGCGACGUCUCUUCCUACUAACCCAGGUUGGUGUAGAGUGACUUUCUAACGAUGCAGUGAAUCACAUGACACAGUGUCUCGAAGCCGACACCGCGUCAGAAAAUUUUGUGCAAACCUCGAACGAUCGACUUCUCUCAGGUAUCUCUGAAAGGAUCAAGAAACUAUCGUUUCGUUGGUCGUGGUUAUUAACGCUCCUCCAAGUUUCCGCGUGGUAAAGUUUUCCCCGUGAUCGUGAUGGUAUGAGGACAGUGACGAUCAGAAGUUGCGGGCCCAGUGAGGUCGAGGAUGAAGAUGGUUGUGGGUGUGAUGGUGCUGGGUCAGCUACUGACAAGGCUGCUGCUAGCAGCUCACGUUGGAGAUCGUCUUGCUGCCGCCCGCAGGAUAUUGAGGGACGUUCCCCUCAUAGAUGGGCACAACGAUCUCCCCUGGAACAUUCGGAAGUUCUUGAAAAAUCAACUCAGGGACUUCAAGUUCGAAGAUUUACGAGACGCACACCCCUGGGCACGGAGUGCCUGGAGCCACACUGAUCUUCGAAGACUUAAGGACGGGAUGGUUGCUGCACAGUUCUGGUCUGCCUACGUUCCCUGUUCCUCCCAGUACUUGGAUUCUGUACAGCUGGCGCUAGAACAAAUCGACUUGAUACGGCGGCUUGUGAACAAGCAUCCUCAGAACAUGGUGCUGGUUACGACAGCUGCAGGUAUAGAAAUCGCACACAAGGAAGGUCGACUGGCUAGUUUGAUCGGGGUCGAAGGUGGUCACGCCGUGGGAAACAGCCUGGCCGUUCUUAGGAUGCUAUACGAGUUGGGCGCGCGAUAUCUCACCCUUACACACACCUGCAAUACGCCUUGGGCAGACUGCAGUACGGUGGAUGAACCCGGUCAAGUACCUCACAUCGGCGGUCUCUCCAAUUUUGGAAAGAGCGUCGUAUUGGAGAUGAACAGGCUGGGAAUGAUGGUAGAUCUCUCUCACGUAUCGGUACCAACUAUGCUGGAUGCGAUGCAUGCUUCGAGAGCCCCGGUCAUAUUCAGUCACAGCAGUGCUCACGCCCUUUGUAAUUCUUCGCGAAACGUGCCUGAUCAUGCACUACGUUUCCUCGCUCGAAAUGGAGGAAUAGUGAUGGUCUCAUUUUAUCCCCAUUUCAUCAGUUGCGGAGAAAAAUCGACGCUCCAAGACGUUGCCGCGCAUAUCAACCAUAUACGAAAAGUGGCUGGAAUAGAUCACAUUGGGAUCGGAGCCGGCUAUGAUGGAAUUAAUUUGACUCCCGUCGGUUUGGAGGACGUAAGCAAAUAUCCAGACCUUUUCGCAGAGCUUUUGGCAAGGGGCUGGUCGGAAAAGGAUGUCCAGAAGCUGGCCGGUCUCAACCUCAUCCGGGUUUUCAAAGCCGUUGAACAGGUGAGGGACCGUAUGGCAGGUGAAGGGAUCGAGCCGCUGGAAGAAGAAAUACCUCGAGACGACGUCAUAGGAAGAUUAUAUUGUCGAUAUCCAAUAACGCCGUCAACAAUUCCCUGAACAAAUAGUUAGCGGGAAGUUGACAGCUGGUUGAAUGUGAGCAACGAAUGCCUUAGUUGCGACAGGAAUUUCCGCUGGCAGUACAAUGAAACCUGGGAAUAACGAGAAGCAAAUUAUGACGGGUGUACCAGCGAUUAUACCAUUAUGGGACCCACUUCGUUACCAGAAGUUCAAGCUCUCUUCCUCACAAUUCAUCCACCAGGGCAAUUGCUUUCCGAAGCAAUCGUACCGUCGAGAGGUGUGUGAAUAUUCGCUUUACGUAUCGCCGAUACAUGGACAUGAGAAGUUUGUUCCAAGAGAAAUUGAUUCUCAUGGAAAUGAGCGUGUCUCAAAGUUUGAAUGUAUGCGAGUGACGAGUGCGGGAAAACUCCAGCAUUGUAAACGAAAAAAGUUCCUUUCUACAAAUUUAAUUCAAACGAGUAAUUUAAAAAGAAAAAUCGUUAUCCGUAUAGUGGAACAGAAUUUCAACGAUACCGCAGAGAGCGUGAAAUAUUAAAACCAAAUUUGAAAGCUCUCGCGAAAGAUCGCUAAAUAAUUAUUAUCAACUACGAACUUUCUUAUAGGACGAAUGACGUGAUAUAAUAUUAUAAUAAUACUCUGUUCAAUAAUUGACUGUCGAGUAAGCGUGUAUAAUAAGUACGGUAAACUGUGUGAAUUAAUGAAGUGUAUUUACAUAAACUAUCGUUUGUGUAAGAAGAGAAGAAAACUGUACACUGUUGUGAGAUCAGUAACGUAAUGACAGUUAGAUAUCGACAUUAUUUGUACUGAAUUCGAAUUCUAUCAAUUUUUCUUUACGAACAUACGAAUAUACACAGUAUACACAUAUACGUAGAUAUAUUAUAAAUAAUACCGGUAUUUGGAAUAUUAUCUUGCGACGGAUACGCGAACAGCGGAAUAUUUAUUUACCUUGCUGUAAAUAUUUAUACAAGGAACAUUGAAGUUCAGUGUUCUGAGGGAAAAAAAUUAAAUAAAAAUUCUGUUUCGAUGACCAACACGUUUGUUUGAAAUUAAAUUAUUACCAACGACAUUCAAAAUUUUUCAUUUACGUAACAACCAUGAGGAAUUAUUAUUUAAACUGAACCAAAUCACCUGAAUUAUUUCAUUUUAUUGUUCACUUGAACACAAUAUGAAUUUGAAAAAAAAAAUAAUGACGUGAAAUAGAUAGUAAAAAUGUACAUGAGGUACCUGACAACAAGCAGAGACAAUUUCACCAAGGCUUUGCACGAAAUAAAUCGCAAGUGUUUUUGACGCUGCAAGCGUAGGGCGAUUAGUUGCAGAAACAAGCAAUGCUAGUGAAAAUGCGAUGCAGCUACGUUUAAUCAAACGACGGGUACGAACGAGUUGACUAGCCAUUUUCUUCCAACCUUAAACUUUUACCCUAAUCGGUGAAAUUAAUACCGAUCCUUAAUUCGUACCUACAAAUAUGUUUAAGAAAAGAAUAAUAAUGUGUUCUUUCGGUUUCUAUACUGAUUCAAAUUUUAUCAUAGUUUACUUACAAUUAGGUUUACGAUAAUUGGGUGAAUUAUUACUUCGUCAACCGCGUAGAAAAUCCGUACAUCGUAAAUGUACCUCUCAUGUCGAAAAUAAAAGUUUACUGAUUUCUA